AUGUUUUUCAAUGGGUUUCACUUAAUUUUUAUACCGGCAACACGUAAUCAUAGGCAUGGAAGAGCUAUUGGUGGAAAAAUAUACGGAAUUAGCAAAAAAUUAGAGGAUUUUGGAAUUACAUAUGAAGUGAAUGAAAGUUCAGAUGCGCAGCUACUAAUUAUACGCACCACUACAUAUGUCUUCACUUUAAUACCGACAUACAUUCGUCCAGAUUCUUGGUCGGAGGAAUUCAAUAGUCUGAAGGAUGUAUAUAAUAAUCUUGAAAUCACUAAUGGUAUUAUAAUGGGUGACCUGAACGUUCGCAUUGGAGAACUGAAACAAUAUCUAAAUGAAAUAGGUACGGAGAUGUUCGUUGCUGGUUAUGACGUGAGAAAAUCAAAAGACAAGGUCAUUAAUAAAAAAGGCAAGCAAUUUGUUGAGUUUUGCAAUGACUCGAAUUUAUUUAUUUUGAAUGGAAUUACUCUCGGAGAUGGUGAGGGUAAUGUGACAUAUGCCAAUACACUUGGUCAAUCUGUAAAUGAUAUAUGUUCUGCAUCUCUUGAAUUGCUAGGCUUUGUUAACAACUUCUCAGUGGACGACAAAAUAUGGUCCGACCACUUCCCAAUUGUACUCAAAUUGAAUUAUAAUAUAUCAGCAGAAAGUGGACAAAAAAUGAAUUUGUUGCCAAAGCUAAUCUGGAAGGAUAAGAUGAAAUAUAAAUAUCAGAGAAGACUCAACGAAAUUAUGGAUAAUUAUGAGUUAGCAACCAGCAAUCUCAAACUAAGUAAUCUUUGCGAAAUGAUAACGAAAUCUUGGCCGCAAAAGCCGAAUGAAAUGCAAUCAUUUCAGCCGAAGCAUAAAUGGUAUAACUUUUCCUGCAAUGAAGCCCGACUAAAAAGCUUCAAAUUACUGGCAAAAUAUCGGAAGUCGAACAAUUUGGAAGAUAAAAUACUUUAUUUGAAAGCUCAAAACUCCUACAAAUCAAUAUGUACUAAUAGUAAAAACAUGUACUAUCAAAAUAUAUCUGCAAAGAUAAAUAUCAUAAAUAAUGCCAAAGAGUGGUGGAAGAUGGCCAGAGAGAUGCGAAAUCACCAAAAUAAAAUUAGCUCACAUAUAAGUCCUUUACUAUUCAAACAACACUUUGAAAAUCUGUUAAAUACGUCACAAAUCAUGUCCCAAAUACAUUAUGCGCCACCGUUAAACCAUGAUCCGAUUUUAGAUGGACCCAUAACCAUGGGUGAAUUGGAAAAUAUGCUUCACAAAGUCAAGUUGAAUAAGGCACCGGGUGAAGAUAGAAUACCAUAUGAGUUCUUCGUAUACGCAACAGAGCAAUUUCACCUCCAGCUUUUAAGCACUUAUAAUAACAUUUUCAAUGAAAGCACCAUGGAUAAGAUCUUUACAAAAUCUAUAAUUUACCCUAUUCAUAAGAAAGGCGAUUACGACAACCCUUCCAAUUAUAGAGGUAUCUCAUUUAUGAAUUGUGCCGCCAAGAUAUUUAUGGGUAUUUUAAACGAUCGCAUUUAUACAUGGGCCGAGGAAAAUCAUAUUCUGGUAGAAUACCAAGCUGGAUUCCGGAGUUAUCGUCUGCCUAACCAAUUAACAGCAAUAGUGAUGCGCAAAAAUAUCUUUUGGGUGAAAGAGUUAAGAGCAGUAACACAGAGUCUUAAUGUACAAUGGCCCGAGACUAUAAAUAGCAUUGAAUCUUGGAACACUUUCUCAACAGAACUACUAUGUUCAUUAAAACUAGAUCUUAAGCAUAAAAGGAUCCAACGAAAACUACAAAGCGAUUCCCGAGAUUACAAAUUUUUGAAUCCAUCUAGAGCACAGCUGUAUUUGAAUGACAAAUAUACACAAGAAAAGAUUGCAUGGAUAUUUAAAGCUAGAAGUGGAAUGUUAUACCUGGGGUACAACAGAUUUACUACCAGUGAAGAGGAGCGAUUAUGUAAAUUGUGCAACAUGCGAGCAGAAGAAACCUUUCAACACUUCCUUGGUAUAUGUCCUAUUUUAAGCGAGUUUAGAAUGAUGGCCUUUGGAAAGACAAUAUUGAAUCAGGAAGAGAUUUUGGAGAAAUUGGACGGCAAGAAUGAUGCCGAUUGGGACAACAUCGAUGAUGAUGAUUGUAAGGCUGAGGCUGAUGACGAUGAGCAUGUUGCUCCUGCCUGCUACAAAACACCCGCACACGUAGCAAACAACGAGCAAAAACAAAUAGAAGAAAACCCCAUAUAA